GAACAUCAAUCAAACAAAUUAAUCAACAAACUGUAGUACCUACAUAUUAUUUAAUAAUAUUGUUAAUUUACCUAUUACUUUUACAUUAAAUAUAAUUAUUCUAACACAAGAGUACCCUAUUCAUAAUGAGCGACUCAUUUUACAAAUAUGAUGAUGUUUUAGCAUCAAUUUUAGUCAAUGAAAAGUCUAUACUAGGAUUUCUUUCGGCAAUAUUCAAUUUUCUAGCUAGACGUACUGACUUCUACAUCGUUCCUGAUGGACCCUACGAAAACAUAGGAUUUCCUCCAGGAGUAGCUGAAGAGCUAGUGAUGAAAGUAUUGCGAAAGUGUGACCCAAAGAACUAUAGUGGCAAUGGAGCAAGGAAACCUGAGCACAAUAUGGAAUUGAACAAUGAGAUUAUGUGUACAACAGUUGCUCAAGAGGUUGAAGUGGUUGCUGAAGAAGACCUUGAAGAAGUUGGAGAAGAUUCUCCAGCAGAUCCCAUUGGAAAUUCGCGAGAAAAUCCAGUUGAGAGCAAUGAACAAACUUCACAUGUGUCUGAUAAUGAGGUGUCGAAAAAUGAUGAAAAUAUUGAUGAGACUUCAGAAUCAUAUGUUCCCCCAGUCAUACCUACACAAAGAAAUAGUGAAACAUAUAAUGGUGCCGAUAGAGAUAAGUACUGCUGGGCUCAAAGUAUUAUGGAUCUUGAUGUGACCAUGAGACUUCCUCCAGAUGUGAAAUCAUCAAAGGACCUCAAAGUUGAAAUAAAUCCCAAUGAUAUAAGUGUGGCCUAUCGGAAUGGAACUGUGAUUAUCAAAGACAGUCUUCCAUUCAAGAUCAAAGCCUUUGACAGCUUCUGGAGCAUCAGUGAGGGGAAGCUACUUAUUCAUUUAGAAAAAGUUCAAGAGCGCUGGUGGAACAGAUUUCUAAAUAGUGAAGAAGCUAUAGAUCUGUCCAAAAUUGACUGUUCUCGGCCACUAAACGACCUUCCUGAAGAUCACAUAGCCAAGGUAAGAGAGCUACAAUGGAAUCAAGAACAGAAACUAAAAGGGUUGCCAACAAGUGACGAGAUCCGCAACAUGGAAGUGUUGAAGAAAGCUUGGAACGCCCCGGGGUCACCGUUUCAGGGGCAGAAAUUUGACCCCAACGUGCUCACUCAGUCCAUACCACCAUUUGAGAAAGAAUAAAUGAAGAUGGGUAACAUUA